UAGCAAGCAACCUACACAAUCUGCUUUUGCCGCUCUUUCUCACCGCCCGUCCCAUCUCGGCGGCAUUUCCGAUCGGCGCCACCGCAAAUCCGCAAUUGCCACCGCACGCUCUCUUCUCUGAAGCCUUUUGGGAGCGGAGGGACAGGAAUCACUCGCUGUAGUCCUCGCCGCCUGAAAUCGCAGUGACGUGACGGAGAGGGUUUCGUUUCCUUUGGUUGGUGUUGCUGUCCGUGUUUAUCCCAUGAAUUCAACUAUGCAUAGUGGAAAGUAUCGAAAGUCAGAGGGAGUUGAUGUUUCGAGUAAUAAGAGGCGAGAUGGUGCAGAAACAGUGCUUGAGGAUUUACCAGAAGAAAUUCUUACUCGAAUUCUCUCUCGACUGAACCUGAAGGAAGUUGGGAGAACUAGUGUUCUCUCACAUAGAUGGAAAGAUUUGUGGAAGUUUACGCCUGUGAGUCUUGAAUUUGAUGCUUGGGGUACUGUUGGAGCUGAAUUGGAUAGAAAAAAGUUCAAAGCAUGGGUUAAUCACAUCCUGAAGUCGCAUAAAGCACAGCAGGUUGAUAGUUUUAUAGUUCGUUUUAAUGUGCAAUGGCGAGCAGAUUUUAUUCAUGAAUGGGUAAGCCAUGCUCUGAAGAAGGAAGCUAGAAACAUUGAGAUUAACUUGUCUCCUAGCCCUACAUAUCAUGGAGGGUAUGUAUUUCCUGACCUGUAUAAGUUACUUGAUUCAUAUGGUGUCAAAUCCUCAUUUGGGUUCCUGAAAUCCCUGAAAUUGGUCGAUGUUGGCAUCCAUGAUGAAACACUUCGUUGUUUUCUAGUUUCUUGCACGAACCUUGAAUCUUUGACUAUAUGUGGUUCGCGUUACACAAGACAUCCAUGUUUAGUUGAUCCAUUGCCGAAGUUGAAGUAUUUUGCAAUAUCUUGUUGCUAUAACAUGAAGAGUGUGGAGAUCUCUGUAGCAAGUCUAGCUUCUUUUAGCUACAGUGGACCAAUAAUUAAUUUGUCCUUCGAUAAAAUUCCUAAUCUUUCCGAGGUAACACUUGGCGGGAAGUUUUGUCAAUCCUUUCUUCUUGAUGCUAACAAACACUCGAGUUACUCAUUUCAGUUGGAAACGCUCAAGCUGGACCUUCCUUUUAAGCUUACUGAAACACCUCCGCGAGACCCUGCUUACUAUGAAUCUCCUUAUUUGCCUCGGUAUUGCAAACUUAAGUAUAUGGAAGUAACAGCUUUGUCAGUUGUUGGACGAAGCCUUCUUUUCUGCACCAAGCUUAUUGAGGCAUGUCCUCUUUUGCACAAAUUUAGAAUCAAGGUCAAAUACACUUUGAGUUCUAAGUUGGAACCAGCAAUAUUACUUCCUAAUGUGAGUGCUGACGAUGCACCCAUAUUUCAACAUGAAAGUCUUAAGGUGGUUGAAUUGGCUGGGUAUAUUGGGUGUCCAAGUGAAGAGGAGUUCCUUACCCAGUUGCUGAAAGUAGCCCCAUGUCUGGAGGUGGUGACCAUUGAUACCGAGAAUGAUUUCCAGAGGCUAGCAGACGAAUUUGAUUGCGUACAAGCACAAGCACAAGCAUGGGACGGAGAGGAACUUGCGCUUCCAACCUGUGUUUAUGCCAAGUCAAGAAUGGAAGCAGUAGAGCUUGCUGAAGGAGUGCAGUCCAAAUUCCCUCAGGAAACACAAGUGGUUAUAAUAUGAUAAGUGCUCUCUCUCUCUCCUAUUCUUACAGUAUUUGGUGAUAAACUCAGCUAUUAUACUUCAACCCUGGUGAAAAAAAUUAUUUUGAUCCAAGGGAAAUAUUGGCAGACUGAUUCACCCAUUUAGUGACAUUGGGAUCUUUGCUAUCUUAAGUAUAUAAAUUGAAAUCACUCUUGCUGCUUAAGAA